GCUCCUUGCCCAGCCUCCGGGCGUCCCGUCCCUCCGCCCCCGCCCCGCGCCCCCUCCGCCGCCCCUCCCUCCGCAGCCACCACCCCGCAGCCCUGCCGCGGCCCCGCCAGCAGCGGCGCGGCGAGCGGGGCGCGGAGCGGCGGCGCCGGGGCGCGGAGUCCCAUCGGCGGCCGCAGCCCUCCGGCACGGCCCCGGGCCCAUCCCGGGAGCCGCCACUAGGUGGGGGGGGGAGCCCGGCCCCGGCCCCGGCCGCUCCGGCCGCACAACAAUGACUUUGGGCAGCAGCAACGGCGGCGGCGGCUGCGGGAUCAUGUCCGAGCGCUCCCCGGAGGAAGAGCCGCUCUCCGAGGUGGAGGACGCGGAUAUCGACGUGGUGGGCCCGCCCCAGGAUGGGAGCAAGUACAGCGAGGACGAGGAGGACGACGAGGAGGACGACGAGGAGGACGGCGGCGAUCCGCUGGGGCUGGCCCUGCCGCGGAGCGGGGCCGCCAAGGCGCGCAUGGGGGGGUCCCCGGAGCGGCUGUCCCCCCCCGGCGGCUCGGAGCCGGCGUGUGCCCGCGGCGCUGCGCCCGGGGAGAAGGGGCCCGCGGGCGGCGGAGGCGGCGCGGGGGGGAAGAACCCGCUGGUGAAGCCGCCCUACUCCUACAUCGCCCUCAUCACCAUGGCCAUCCUGCAGAGCCCCAAGAAGCGGCUGACGCUGAGCGAGAUCUGCGAGUUCAUCAGCGGACGCUUCCCCUACUACCGGGAGAAGUUCCCCGCCUGGCAGAACAGCAUCCGCCACAACCUCUCCCUCAACGACUGCUUCGUCAAGAUCCCCCGGGAGCCCGGCAACCCGGGAAAGGGCAACUACUGGACGCUGGACCCCGAGUCCGCCGACAUGUUCGACAACGGGAGCUUCCUGCGCCGGAGGAAGCGCUUCAAACGGCAGCAGCAGCUGCACCCGCCGCACCCCGAGCUGCUGCUGCGGGCCGGGGCCGCCGACCCCGCCGCCUUCCUGCCCGGCUUCGCCUACGGACCCUACGGCUACAACUACGGCCUGCAGCUCCAGGGCUACCCCCACCACCACCACCACCACCCCGGCGGAGGCGGCGGCGGCGCCACGGGAGCCUUCCCCUUCCCGGCGCCGCACUGCCCGUUACCGGCUCCGCCGCCUCCCGCCGCCGCCUCCGUCUUCUCCGCCGCCUCGGGGCUGCCCUCCUUCCUGGGCGGCGAGCUGAACUGCAGGAAGUCCUUCUACCAUCCCCAGCUGAGCCCCACCGCCCUGCCCGCCGCCCUCCUCCAGACCCUGAAGCCGGACCCCACGCCCGCCGGCGGCGGUGGCGGCGGUGGCGGCGGCGGCAGCACCAACCACCCCUCCCGGCCUUCUUUUUCCAUAGACAACAUCAUCGGGGGGGCCGUGCCCCCGCCGCCCAGCACCAACCCCAGCGCCGCGCCCGCCGCGCCCUACCCCGCUGGCCAGGCGGGCCCCCCGGCGCAGGUCCUGGCCGUGCUCAGCCCCGCCUUGGCCCCGGCACAGCCACAGGUCAGCCUGGCACACGAGCCGCUCCUGCAGCCGGCCCAGAACUUUUCCAGUAAAAUCACAACCCUGAGCAGCUGUCAUUUUUAAAGUGUGCUGGGGAGGAGGGGGAUGGGGAUGGGGACAAGGGGGGUGGGGGGGGAGGGAGAGUCGCGAAGCAAACGGCCCCUUCCCAGCUCUCCCCCUCUCCUUCCAAACUGCUCCCCUUCCCUCUCCCCGUCCCCCCCUUCCAUCUCCUCCUGUUGUGUUUUAAGGUAGGAAAAAAUUCCUCUCUCUCUUUUUUUUU